AUGUUGUCGAUCAAUAUUCCUACCUACGCGAAACCUUCCGGCUACGAGCUUUCCGAACUCCCCAAGCCGCAGAUCCAGGACCCGCAAGAUGUACUUAUCAAAGUUAAUGCUGCUAGUGUUAAUCCGAUCGAUGUGAAAAAGGCCGAUGGUAUCCUGAAGUUGGCGCUGAAAGACCCUUUCCCAUACAAGAUAGGUUACGAUUGCGCCGGUACAGUCACAGAGAUUGGACAAAGCGUGACGCGGUUCAAAGUCGGAGAUGCGGUCUACGUUCGAUUGCCAGAGGCGAGACGGGGAGCGUGGAGUGAAUACGCCAGAUGCCCAGAGGAAUUCAUCGCUCUGAAGCCACCGUCGCUGUCGUUUGAGAGCGCAGCCUCAAUUCCAUUAGCAGGAAUGACAGCUCUUCAGGCGCUGAGGAAAUACGAUGGCGAUCUCUCUGGAAAGACAGUAUUUGUACCCGCUGGAUUGAGUGGAACUGGUCUAUAUGCAUGCCAACUUGCGAAGCACGUUUUUCACGCCGGGAAGGUGAUCACGACCGUCUCGACAUCGAAAGUUCCCAAGGUGGAUGAACUCUUAGGAAAAGGAACCGUCGAUGAGAUAAUCGACUACAAGAAGGUUGACCCAAAGACUGUGAUUGAGCACGGUACUAUUGAUUUUUUGUUUGACACAGCCGGCCUCGCCAUGGAAUAUCUUUGUCUAAUGCGACCAAAGUCUAGCUGGGUUGUGUCUAUUGCAACCGCACCUUCAGGGAACCAGCUACAGGAUUCUCCGCUCUUUCACCUUGGGCACCGCCCCUCUGUCCCGAUACAUAUCAGACUCGGACUGAAUUUACUGGAUUCCAUUCGCAAAAUGUGUGCUCGACGCUACGGCGUUAGCUAUACAUACAUGUUCUUGGAUGCAAACGGCAAGGAUUUGGACGCCUUGAGGGGAUAUGUGGAAGACGGUAAAUUAAAGACAGUCGUGGGAACUACCGUGGAUAUGUCAGAUAUCCAGGCCGUGCGAGACGCCUGUCAGGUUGUAUACAGCAACCAGGGGGGCCUUGGAAAGGUUGUUAUUAAAGUUGCUCAGUCUGAGAAUCAACCAUGA